GCAUGUACAUGUAAGAGGCACGUCUAAGUAAUUAGGACUUAGCUAUAUUGUGAGAGAUCAACAUACUAGUGUUGUCAAGGGUUCAAGUUUCCAAUAUGUUUGCAGCUGCGCUGUUGCUUCUUGGAGUUCUUGUGGCCAUUCCAACAACCGUGCAAUCCAUUGGUGUUUGCUAUGGAAUGCUUGGAAACAACCUGCCGCCGCCGAGCUCUGUAGUAAAUCUGUACAAAUCCAAAGGCAUUGGCGCGAUGAGAAUCUACAGCCCCGACGGGGCCACUCUCCAAGCCCUCAAGGGCUCCAACAUCCAGCUCAUAGUCGACGUCCCCAACAACAAUCUCCAGUCAAUCGCCUCCGAUCAAUCCGCGGCCGCCAACUGGGUCAAGUCCAAUGUGCAAGCCUACAUUCCUGGUGUCUCCUUUAAGUACAUCGCAGUCGGCAAUGAAGUGAUCCCCGGGAACCAGGCGCAGUAUGUUCUCCCUGCCAUGAAGAACAUCUACAACGCCUUAUCUUCGGCUGGCCUGAGUGGCCAGAUCAAAGUCUCCACAGCAGUCUCACAAGGUGUUCUUGGAUCAUCAUAUCCUCCGUCGAACGGAGCGUUCUCUUCGGAUGCUGCAUCGACCUUGGGGCCUAUUGUGCAGUUCCUGGCGAAAACAGGAGCUCCUUUACUCGUGAAUGUGUACCCAUAUUUCAGUUAUGUGAACAACCAAGGAAGCAUCAAAAUCGACUAUGCAUUGUUCACGUCGCCGGGGACAGUCGUGCAGGAUGGGCAGUAUGGAUAUCAGAACCUCUUUGAUGCCAUCGUGGACGCGCUCUAUGCAGCAUUACAGAAGGCCGGGGGGUCGAAUGUUAAUGUCGUGGUGUCAGAGAGUGGCUGGCCGUCGGCAGGUGGCACCGCAGCCACAGUCAGCAACGCACAGACAUACAAUCAGAAUCUGAUCAAACAUGUCGGAAAAGGGACGCCGAGGAAGCCUGGGCCGAUAGAGACCUACAUAUUUGCAAUGUUCAAUGAGGAUCAGAAACCGGCAGGGAUAGAGCAACACUGGGGACUGUUUAAACCUGAUGGACAACCUGUCUAUCCGAUCGACUUCAGUUAAAUGGCGAAAAGAGAUGAGAAAUAAGAGCUACUCAAAAAGUUGAAUGAUCGACGAAAAAUAAACCACCGGAAUAAUUGAUAUGCCUUACUUUUACCUUGGGACUUGUAUGUACCGGAAUAUCGCGUGUUAUAAUAAAGCGAAUGCUGGAAUAAUAAAGGUGGAAUGAAUAAAUGGUAUUUUUAAA